CAACGAUGUUAUAUCAAUUCAAGUGGUUAGUUAGCGCUGCUCUCCUGCUGCAAUCUCUUGCUAUAGCGACCGACGUUUCCACUCCUCGCAUUCACCAUCUUCCCUCACUACGAGAGCAGGCUCAGAUUCAAGAUGGCUGGCGAGAAGAGAGAAUGGCAAACAUUCCUGCCAUCCUCCGCAAGCAUAACGUCGACGCCUGGAUCAUCAGUCAACGCGAAUAUGGUGAAGAAACCGUCUUCUGGUCCAUGAAACAUGCCGAGCAGUUUUCCGCUCGAAGAAGAACGCUCUCCAUCUUCUUCGCCGAUGACAGCUUCGAGGGCUGCGAGUCGCAUACCUGGAUCGACAAUACUCCUCAGGUCUGGUCCAAUUUACACAAUGUCCUACGCUUCUGCGAUCCUCGCAGCAUCGCCAUCAACGUAGACUCUGACAUUGCAUUCUCCGGCGGCCUCCACGCCGGCGAAUAUGAAAAACUUCUCGCACAAGUUCCAUUACCAUGGAAAACCCGCUUCGUUUCCACGCCACUGGUCGCAGUCGAGUAUAUUGCCACCAUGCCCGCAUCACGGCUGUCGUGGUAUCACAAGCUCAUGGAAACAGCCUGGGCAAUCAUCGACGAAGGCUUCAGCGAACGUGUCAUCACACCAGGAAAAACUUCCACGGAAGAUGUAGAAUGGUGGUUUCGAGAAAAACUGCAAUCUCUCAAUUAUACCACCUGGUUUCAUCCCGACGUAACCAUUUUACCCGGCUGGAUGACAACUUCUUCCCAACCCCCUUCCUCUCCUCCCAAAAAAACUCCAUCCAUCAUCAUCCACCACGGCGAUCUCUUACACGUCGACUUCGGACUGACCGCCCUCGGCCUCAACACCGACACGCAACAUCUCGCCUACGUCCUCCCUCCGCACUCGCACGGGAAAAUCCCCCAAAGUUUCCUGCAAGGCCUACAGCAAGGAAACCGACUGCAAGAUAUUCUCGUAUCCCACAUGAAACCCGGUUUAACGGGCAACACGAUUCUCUCGCAUGCGCUGGCAGAAAUGCAGGCGCAAAAUAUCUCGGGGGGGAAAAUUUAUUCGCAUCCGAUUGGGGAUUGGGGACAUAGUGCGGGGACGUUAAUCGGUAUGACGAAUUUGCAAGAGGGAGUUCCGGUGUUGGGGGAUUUGCCGUUGUUGAGGAAUAUGUAUUAUAGUGUGGAGUUGUCGGUGGAAUAUUUUGUUGAGGAGAGGAAUCUGACUAUGGUGUUUCCGUUGGAGGAGGAUAUUUAUUGGAAUGAGGAGAAGGAGGAUUGGGAGUGGGUGGUGGGGAGACAGGAGACGUUUCAUUUGAUCAGGUCGGAGGAGGAGGAGAAGGAGAAGAAGGAAAUUUCCGACGGGCGGUUUGUUGUACAACAGGUAUAA